AUGCUCCAGCGCCGCAUCCUGUUGGCGACUUCCACUGCGCUGUGCCGUCGUGCUUCUACCUCGUUCUAUCUACAAUCAACUGGCAAUGCAGUUGCAAGACGCUUCUCCUCUAGCAUCUCAUUGGAUCCUCCUACACGCCCCGUGCAAGUACUGCACAAUAAGCCGAAGACGAGUUAUGUGCAGAUGGAGCAGGACAUCGCUGUCAUGCAGCGCGAGAUCCGCGACGCCUACAACUCGGGGGACUACAAAAGCGCUCUGGAUGGUGGACUGCAGUGCCGAGAUCUGGUCAAGGGGCACUUUGGAGAGAAUCAUCCAGUGUAUGCCAGCACGGUGACCAAUAUUGCUCUUAUGUACAAGAAUCUGGGCCAGAUGGAGGAGGCUAUUGAGGCCUAUGAGUUUGCGCUGCAAACGUACAAGGCCAGCGUGGGCGAGCAGCACGCGUCUUUUGCUACGACGCUCUACAAUUUGGGACUGGUGUAUCGUGCACAAGCUAUUUCCAUCGCUGGUAUGGAGCGCGUGAAUGCGCUGCACCGUGCGCUCGAGUGCUUUGAGGAAUCGCUGAAGAUCCGCCAAAGUAUCCUCGAGCCAGGACAUCCUGACAUCGGUCUUAGUAUGAGCAACGUGGGUGUCAUCCACUGGCAGAAUAAGCAGCCGGAGAAAGCUUUUGCAGCACUGACGGAGGCUGUUGAGCUAUUAGAGAAGAAAUUGGGACCCAAGAGUUUACUUACGGCGUUGGCAAAAAACAACCUCGCUUACGCAAAGAAGGAGGCGUGCGAAUACGACGAGGCUAUUAAUCUAUAUGAAGACGUGCUGAAUGUGCGAAAGCAGGUGCUUGGCGCAGCGCAUAAUGAGACUAUCGUCGCGCGUCACAAUCUCGCGGAGGCUUAUCGCUCAGGUGGGAAUGAGGACAAGGCGGUGGAGAUUCAAAAUGAGAUUCUAGAGUUGUUUGACGCUGAGCUAGGGCCGGAGGAAAAGAAGUGA